GACCAGCCUCUUGUGCCUUGUCUCUGCCUCAGCCUCCCCUUUUUUGCGUCUACCGCCUCGGUCCUUUCGGAGAUCUUUUUAGCAACUACCUAAUAACUACACGAUGAAGUUCUCCUCUCUUUUCGCCUCCCUGGCGCUGGGCGCCCUCCAGGUCGCCGCCGCACCCGCCGAGCUCGCCGCCCGCGCCCCGACGCUCUACCUGUGCGGCGACAGCACCAUGGCCCGGAGCAGCGACCCCCUGAUGGACGGCUGGGGCCAGUACGUGGCCAAGUACCUCAACAUCGCCGUCGUGAACCGGGCCAUCGGCGGCCGGUCGUCGCGGUCCUUCUGGAACGAGGGCCGCUUCCAGAACGUCGCCAACGAGGUCAAGGCCGGCGACAUCGUCGUCAUCGAGUUCGGCCACAACGACGUCGGCUCGCCCCGCUCCAACGACAACGGACGCUCCGUCUGCCCCGGCGAGGGCACCGAGACCUGCGUGUCGGACAAGACGGGCGAGACCGUCUACACCUACAUCUUCUACGUCAUCCAGGCCGCCAAGCUCAUGACGGCCAAGGGCGCCACCGUCAUCCUCAGCUCCCAGACCCCCAAGAACCAGUGGGCCACCGGCACCUGGGUCGGCACCCCGUCCCGCUUCGUGCCCAUGCAGAAGAAGGCCGCCGCCACCCUCAACGACCCUGCCGUCACCUUCGUCGACCACCACCAGGCCGUCAGCAACAUGUACCUCAAGCUUGGCGCCUCUGCCGUCGGCGCCCUGUACGUCAAGGACAACACCCACACCAGCGCCGCCGGCGCCGACCUCAGCUCCCAGGCCUUCGUCCAGGCCAUCUCCCAGAAGAUGAACGGCACGACCAGCCUCGCCGCCCACGUCAAGACACCCGUCAAGAUCGUCUACUAGUUGGCGGCGGAGCAGAGCGUUGCGCUCGAGAAGGAAAGACGCCACGAAGCUGAGUCUCGUUGGUAGGCACGGUUUCGAAUUCAUUGUAUAUCUUGGAAAUUAGCCACAGUGCUUUGUACAUACGCAAAAUGCAAAUACCCAUCUAAACUUCC